AUCAUAUAUGUCACAAUCUGAUCACUGAUCAAUACGCAAAUAAUAUUUUAGAUUUUUAUAUGUAUAUUUCAGCAGUAACGUUUGUUUCUUUGCUAAAAAAAUGUUAAUGAUAAUUUUAGGUUAAGUUUACUCUUUAGUAUUAAAGCCUUAGUGACUUAAUGUGGAAAUUUUGGUUUCUAUUCGAGUUUUCUGCUGCCUAUUUAUUACUUUUUAGUUUUUAAAUAUUUGUAAUCAUAUUAAUUACAUUCUUUCAAUGAGGUCUUCAAAUGAAUGAUAUAAAUAAGCGAAGUGCGAUUAAGUGGAAACGUAAACUCUGCACAAAGACCUUUCUGUCAAAAAGUCCAAGAUGCUUUGGUUCAGCUAGAGAAGACGCAUAAAAUAAACAUGAAAUUCUUCAAGCUUAUUGUCCACCAAUCUAGUUUCAGCCCUGAAGAUUUAAUAAUUAAUCUGAAAGAUUAUCCUGGACUGAAAGAAAAGGAUAUUGUUGAAAUAUAUCAUCCUGAAAAUGACUAUCCCAGGUUGCUCCUACAAGUGCCCAAGGUGGAAGCGCCUAGUCGGGCAGUUAAAGAUACUAUAAGUGUGGAACAAAGCAUAGCAACUACUUUUCAACUGAGGACAUUUGCUGAUGUGUAUGUCAACAUUGUAAAUGUAGCAGAUGUGGCAUUAGAUUCAGUGGAAGUUACCUUUAAAGAUCAGUAUAUGGGCAGAUCAGAAAUGUGGAGAUUAAAAAAUCAUUUGGUGAACACAUGUGUAUAUUUGAAUAAGAAAAUAGAAUAUUGUGGAGGAGCUAUUCGAUGUCAAGUAUAUGAAAUGUGGUCACAAGGUGACCGUGUCGCCUGCGGUGUUAUCACUGAAGACACAAAGAUUGUGUUUAGAUCUUCAACAUCUAUGGUGUACUUGUUCAUACAAAUGUCAUCCGAAAUGUGGGAUUUUGACAUUCAUGGAGAUUUAUACUUUGAAAAGGCGGUCAAUGGUUUUCUCGCUGAUCUUUUUGCAAAAUGGAAGAAAAACGGCAGUAAUCAUGAAGUAACAAUAGUCCUAUUCUCUAGGACAUUCUACAAAGCCAAAUCCUUAGAAGAAUUCCCACAACACAUGAAGGAAUGCUUACAGAAAGACUACAGGGGGAGAUAUUAUGAAGAUUUUUAUAGAGUGGCAGUACAAAAUGAGAGAUAUGACGACUGGUCAAAUGUAUUGCUCCAGUUAAGAAGACUUUUUACAGAUUACCAGAAAAUAGUUCUCCAGUACCAUGAGAGAGCCAACAUGGAGAUACCUACUGCCAUCAAUUCCACUGCAGCUCAAGGGAAUUUCCUUGAAGUGUUGAAUAUGAGUUUGAAUGUAUUUGAGAAACACUAUUUGGACAGAUGCUUUGAUAGGACUGGCCAGCUGAGCGUAGUAAUAACUCCCGGUGUUGGAGUAUUUGAAGUCGACCGGGAACUAACGAAUGUGACAAAACAAAGAAUUAUCGAUAAUGGUGUAGGCAGUGACUUAGUGUGUGUAGGUGAACAACCGCUACAUGCCGUACCAUUGUUAAAGUUUCACAACAAAGAUAGCGGUGUUAACUCAAUAGAUGAUUAUUCAAUGCCUCAUUGGAUUAAUUUAUCAUUUUAUUCGACUAAUAAGAAAGUUGCUUAUUCAAAUUUUAUACCGAGAAUAAAGUUGCCACCGAGAAUGAGUCAAGAGCCUUUAAAAAAGAUGUAUGAAGAUGAAGUGAAAGGGAAAUUGGUUAAAGAGGAUGAAUAUAUGCAUAAUUCUAUAUUUGAUUACGAUGCGUAUGAUGCACAAAUAUUUCAAUUGCCACCAGCACAUAGUACAUGUGUUCAAAGAGUACAUACACGCACAAAGAAGACUUCUGUUGCCGGUCUUGAGAUAAGCCGUAAAAGUCCGCCCACUUCGGUAAUGCAUCAGAGAAAAAUGUCUGACCCAGAUAUACAUCAUAGCCUCGGUGAUAUGUUGACUGGAGGAAAUAAAUACGGCGGACUUGAAUCUACAAGCGAUACGACUGAUUCUCCUAGUUCCAUCAAUCGUUUGUCACCUCGUAGUUCCAUAUCUUCCAACAAACCGGUGAUACGCACCGGCAGAGCUCUGAUCAACCCGUUUGAUCCCUCACAUGUUAAAGUUAAAUUAACAAGUAACAGGAGAAGAUGGACUCAUAUCUUCCCAAAAGGUCCAAAAGGUGUUCUAAUCCAGCAACAUCAUUACCAAGCGCGGCCCGCCGGCGAGCCCGCCUCCAGGAAUGACGACGAUUGUUGCGACAAUAUUACCAAAGAUACUGGUACAUCCAUUAUGAACAACAAUCAUCCUGUAUAUCAAGUCGAUGGUAACAUAAUGAGUAGUCGUAAGCGCAUGAUUAGCGCGUCGGGCGCGCUCGGCGUGUUGGGCACGAGCGUACUGAGUGCGAGCGGGAUGGGCACAGGAGCGAGCGGGAUGGCUAUAACCACCACGCCCUCAACAACCAAUAACGCCUCCCUCGCACUAUUGUGGGGAGCUACGGGCGAGCAAGAGUGGACUCCGGCGCUAACUACAGCGAACCAAGAAAUAGGCGUAGAUUGGAAGUCCCUGACCAUACCGGCGUGUCUUCCCAUCACCACGGAUUACUUCCCGGACAAGAGAUCUCUGCAGAACGACUAUCUCGUGUCAGACUAUAACUUGUUGCCCGAUGACGUCAAUGCAGACUUCGCACAGAACCGCGCCAUCUACAAGAAACCGCUUACAACCAACGAGGUGUUUAAGGAACUUGUCUCACAGAGAUUGGCUCAAGGUUUCCAGUUAAUUGUCGGUGUAAACGAGAACGAUGUGAUAGAAUCACACUGUCCGUCGCCAGCACCGCCGCCGUCGAAGGUGGCUCCACAGUACGGCAAGCCGGCCAACUCCGCGCCCACCAAACGAUACCUGCUCUCUAUUGGUAGAAUAUUCCACAAGCUCACUCUAGUCGGGUCUACAAUUACCGUCACUAGAUACCGACCCAGACAUCCCUAUCCUCCGUUCAAUAUCCACUACCGGUAUCGCUUCCAUGCGCCGUAUCAUGAUACCUACGAGGUGUCCUGGGUAUCGUUUACUACCGAAAAGCUAGAGAACUACAGCUGGAACUACAUGGACCACUACAUCUGCACCCGAGGUGACACAGACUUCGCACUUGAAGAGUCAUUAAAAUACUGGAGAUUCAGGACAUUAUUAUUGCCGCUGACAAAUCCAGCCACCAAACAAAUACUGGAAGAUGAAUCCACACAUUGUGACAUCUACCCAACACCCACGCGUCACGAUUUGGACCAGCUGACAGAUGGAUUUCUUAAAAUGACAGAAUUAUACUUCAAUAAAGUCAAACGACCUAUUAAACAGAGGAUGGCGCUGCCGGCGGGCGGGGCGGAUGCGGCUCCCACACGUCGCCGGCACUCCACUUCCAUCCUGACGCGGAACGCGCAGCAGGGCGGUGUGAGUUCGCCCUUCAGGGAGCGCGUCGGCAGCACCCGACUGCCCGACCGGCCGAGGCUCCGGAUGGAGGCCAUGGCGGCUGCUAAAACUGUACUCGAGCGGACACAAUCACAGACAGGGGAAACUGAAGACACGUAUGAUGAUGGAGUGAUAGAGCCAAAGCUGAAAGCAAACGCCAGUCUAUCUGAGAUAAUAGAGCGUAUGAGACACCCGACACUGGGCGUGGGCUUCCUGCAGCAGACAGUCAGCCUGCCAUCGCAUGCCUUCGUCUCAAUUUACGCUAUACACUGGCUGCAGGCCAACAUGGAUUCUAUGACAUAUGAAAAAGCAACCACAAUUAUGGAGAGAAUGUUACAAGAGAAGAUGAUUUGUCAUGCUUCCGGUGACACGACAAAACGAUUCGUAGUCGGUUACUAUAUGUACCAUAUUCUACCGCAGAGGAAAGAGAAAGAGCUAAGUGACUACGUGAAGCCGCUGGGCGACCUGCAGAGCUUCGAGAACGAAUGGAUGGAAGUGGAGGUGUUGGGUCCGCGGUCUCCACUGCGCGACAUCGCAGGGGCGGGGCAAGGCGCUCGUGACGUCACCGGUCUCCCCGCCUUCCUCGCACCCAACAUCGACCCCAAAUACAUGAGCCGUGCUGCCGAUACUGACUUGCCUCUGUACAAGAACACGCACCUGGACAUCGAUGUGAGCAACAAGAGUGACCGCAUUGAAUGGGGUCACGCGCGCUACCAGGCCACCUUCAGACCAGACCAGGCCUACGAGAUGUGCAUACAGUGGGCCGUCGCCAGUGGAAAUAUCGUCGCUGAGCUAAUAUUAGGAUGGGCACGCAAAGCACAGAACUGUCGUUUGCAAAUGGUGCCUAUUCCUGCUGAUCCGUUGGCGCUGCCGUUUACAUUGAAAUCGGAUCCUCUGCGUGGACCGAUUUAUGUGCCGCUGAACGAAGAGCCAUUGUUAAGAGGGAAGAGCGCUCUAUUUGAAGGUUUCCCGGAGGAGACGUGGGAGGAGCGCCUGUUUCUCUUCCAGGAGGCGAUCGCGUGCAGGUUUGGGUUCACGAAGUGCGUGGAGAGCACAAUGCACAAGGGUGUAGGCGACCAGCUGUAUGUGCACGUCACCGGCAACAUGUUCGUGCUCAUACCUACCGCUGCUGCUGCAGAGCGCCGCGCGCACCACAAGCCGCCCAACAGGCUGCUCAAUGCCAACAGGUACCCGGUGCACACAGACGUGGCGGCCAGUCCGCACAAAGGCUACAUCUCGUGGCACGUUAACGAUAAAAAUAAGGAUGAAUUCGACAACAGCAGGCGGUUUCAGAUGGGUUUCCUAUGGUCGUGGAACCACAUGAUAUCUAAGAAAUGGAAGUGGCUGCAGCCGGCGACAGGUGAUGAGACAUUUCAGAUGCGAAUGUUGCGAGACUUCAAACACUUCUGUGCGAACCACGAGCAACGGUUGACGCAGUUCUGGGACCACUGCUGGGAUCUGCACGAAAAAGCUGCAGGAAUUAAAUCAUCUUGAUAAUAUUUCAUACGCUUUAAAUAUUGUUAUAUUUUUAUUAAAGGCUGUAUUAAAAUUA